UUCCCCCUGCAGCGCAUGUUGACCCGUCACCUCAAGUGUCACAGCCUGGUGAAGAGACAUCCUUGUCGAUUCUGUGGCAAAGGAUUCAAUGAUACCUUCGACCUCAAGAGGCAUAUGAGAACACACACAGGUAUCCGUCCCUACAAAUGUGAGCUGUGUGAGAAAGCCUUCACGCAGCGCUGCUCUCUGGAAUCCCAUAUGAGGAAGAUUCACAGCGUUAACCAACAGUAUGCUUACCGUCAAAGACGUUCCAAGAUCUUCGUGUGUGAGGACUGUGGUUACACCUCCAGUCGUCCAGAUGAGUACUUCCUCCACGUGAGACAGUGUCAUCCCGGCAGUCCCUACUUAAAAAGGCACAGCAAAAACAUGCCUAUAGUGCAACACAAGUACAAACCACCCCUAGUGCAGAUACAUGAGCUCAUAUUUACUGUAACAACUAAAUGCACCAAUAUGGUCCAAAACGCCUGAAGAUC